AAUCACGUCUUUCCUACUUUUCCUUUUUCUUUUUCAUUUUCUUGUUGACGGUGUCAUUGAUAUCCUCUCUAUCAAAUCGUCUUGAGUUACUUCUAAACCACGAAAAACAAUUUCUAGGGUUUAUCACAGAAUUCAGAUUCACUCUCACUCCCACUCUGCAUGUCAAAAACCUCGAAUUGAUACCUCUCACCAUUUUCAAUCACCGCCAUGUCUAUCUGAGUCUGACCUUCACACUGCUCUCUCCUCAAUUUCUCUCUUUCAAUGGACGAGUCUCUCAAAAAUCUCCCUACCAGCCAUUUGCUCGGUUCAGUUCCUGCUGUUAUAGAUGAAGGAAAGGGAAAUAAUACAACAAGCUAUGAAGUGCCAUCAGCUAAUAUGCAAAUUUUUCCACCAACUAAUGGAGGAGACAGGGGAAGGGGAUAUCAAACUCUUGAAAGUCCAGGUCCAAGUGAACCCUUUGAACAACAACCCGCAAACAGCUGGAAGGGAGUAUUUAGUGUCUCAUCGUAUACACAAUAUUUCAAUGUAGAUACAGACCUUGUCUUAAACAGAUUGCUAGGUUCUCUACAUCCUAUUGGCGGGGACUUUUUUACCAAGAUUGAUGCUAACCCUGACCUUUAUGGGCUAAUAUGGAUCUCCACGACAUUGGUAUUUGUACUUGCUUCCCUUGGAAACUGUGCAACCUACCUCAUGCAAAAGAACACUGACAACACUACUACUUGGAGCUUUAAUGUUAGCUAUGUAAAUGUAGCAGCCGGAUCAAUUUAUGGCUAUGCAGCUGUGGUGCCAUUGUUAUUUUAUUUCCUUCUUCAGUACAUGGGUUCCAAUCCUAGUCUCAUUAAGUUUUGGUGCAUGUGGGGAUACUCUCUCUUCAUUUUUGUUCUGGCUUCUUUUCUGCUGGUAAUACCGGUCGAGUUUCUCCGCUGGUUGAUUAUCAUUCUCACUGGUGCUGCCUCAGCUUGUUUUGUUGCCACGAAUCUGAAGUCCUAUAUAGAGGGAAGUGAUCUUAAGAUAGUGGUUGUUGCAGCAUUUGCCUUGCAAUUAGCUUUGGGUGUUUUCAUCAAGGUCUGGUUCUUUCCAUGAGGUUAAAUUGCCACACCUAAAUUUCAAGCAAUUGUAUCUGGGUUAUGCGAAAUUGAAAAGAAAAGAAAAGUACUAGAAGAAAUUUGUGUGGGAUAUUUGGUUUGGUUAAUCAGAGUUAAAUUUGUCCGGAAAAGACACAUUUUGCUGUAUUUUAGAAUCACUGACUUGUUUACACUAUAAAUGGGCAUCAUUAUGCUAGUGAGGUGGGCUUUUUUAUUUGCAGCUCACUAUUUCGUUCUUUUUGGGAGUUUUUUUUUCCCUUUGGAGGACUCUUUUGGGGUUUUCAUUUGUAAUUUACAGCCAUGGACUAUUUCGUUGCUUGUAUGUGGUUGUGUGGUGCAAGUACAGUUUGCCUUACAAAAAUAUUUCACCUUCAUAUCA